UCAGUGCAGCGUUGGAUGGCAAGGAGAUACCUGCAGCGAGAAAGCUACUUGCUAUGAUGUGAAUAACUGAACCAGUCCAGUUCAUGGAGUCUGCAAGACUACAAACAAAUGUCUCUGCAAUGAUGGAUAUAUGGGAAGCGAUUGUAGCAUUAUCCCAACAUGUCUUAACGUGUCAUCUUGUUCCGGUCAUGGAAAAUGUGUCAACUUUGAUGUCUGCAAGUGCGAUAAAGAUUGGACAGGAAAAGAUUGCAGCCAAUAUUCCUGCUCGGAUCUUGAUCGUUGUUCAGAUCAUGGCCGAUGUGUUAACGUCUACCAGUGCGAAUGUAAUGCGGGAUGGACUGGGAUAACUUGUGCAAUUCCUGAUUGCCCGGAUGUACAUCAAUGCUCUGGAAAUGGAACAUGCGUUGCCCCUAACAAAUGUCAGUGUUACCCUGGUUACAGUGGUAAUGGGUGCCUUGAUUCUGCUGAUUGCAAUAUGUUGGCUAAUUGUAGUAAUCAUGGGGACUGUGUGAGUGGAGAUGGGGCAAACUCGUCCUGUAGGUGUUACGAUGGAUUUCAAGGGGUAGAUUGUGGCCAGCCAACCUGCACUGAACUCAACAACUGCAGCAAUCAUGGCAUUUGCAAAGAAGCAGGAUUCUGUGAAUGUGAUAUUGGUUUUAGUGGAUCUGACUGCUCUAAUGCUUCAUGCGAAGCUUUGAAUUUUUGUUCAGGCCACGGAGAAUGCACUGGUUACGAUCUGUGCAAUUGUGAAGCUUCAUGGUAUGGAGCUGCUUGCAGUACCCCAGACUGCAGUGCUUUAAGCGACUGUUCAAAACAAGGCGUUUGCUUGGCACCCAAUAAAUGUGAUUGUUAUCCAGGCUACGAUGGGAUCAAAUGCGACAAGCCAGCCACACCAAACUUUUACCCACCAGUGUUUUCUUCUCCUGUUUACAAUCUAUCGGUGUAUGAAAAUGCUACUUUGGGAAGCUUCGUGGGUCAAGUUAAUGCUAGUGAUUUAGACCAAGGGAGAAAUGGCGAUGUCAUGUAUUUCUUAUCCAAUGAUGCUGGUGGUCUAUUCACAGUUGAAGGAGAGUCGGGUAAAAUCUUCACAUCUAAGUCAUUGAGGUAUGACGAAUUGAAGACGGAUUUUGCUAUUCUUGGUGUCCGUGCUUCCGACAAUGGAAAACCAAUGAAGUUUGACUCAUGCGAAUUAUAUAUACGAAUAAUCGAUGUUAACGACAAUUGUCCAAUAUUUGACCCAUUCCUCCAGACGUCAUACAAUAUCUCUGUUAACACAAAGAUUGGGGCAGUUAUUGCGAAUGUCAGUGCUGUCGAUAAAGAUAAUGGAGUCAACGGUGACGUCAGAUAUAACUUGGAAAAUGGAAAUGGAACGUUUUCAAUUGAGUGGUUAACAGGGUCCAUUCGUCUCAUGCUUCUCGUUCGACCAAUCUCGUAUCAAGUGGUUGUGAUAGCACGUGAUCAAGGCACACCUUCUUGCUCAACUUCCCUGAAGUUGGUGUUUAAUGUGACAGAAAGGGAAACACCUGAACCAACUGAAGUUACUACUUCAGCUGAAGUAUCGACAACAGUUACCACCACCACAAAACCUGUUACAACGCCUUCAGAACCAAACAUUAUACAUUCAGGAAAUGACAGUCUUCGGCUGGAAAGUGUCCUUCUCAUCGCUGGCUGUUCCAUCGGCAUAUGUUUGUUAGCAGCCAUUUCUACAGUUAUUAUUAUAAGAAUAAAACGAAAGCGGAAGGCAAACAAUACCACUGUGGAUAAGAUAAAUACUUUGCCAAGAGCAUCACAAAUGAUGACAGGAAGUAGGAACAGAGUCAGUCCAGAUUUCCAGGAUGAUCAGCAUGACAUGGAGUUGCAAGUCUGGACCAACAUCCACGCCAACCGAGGAUUAAACGAAUUUCCCUGAUGUAUAUUUAGCAAAUUGACAUACGUUAAUUUUUUUACGAUAACAAAAACGAUAGCAAUUUUUUUUAGUGAUCAAAGCAAUCGAAACAAAGAGCGCACGCUCGUUGACGUCAGCUUAUCUGUCUGUCCUUUUAUUUCUGAUAACAAAUGAACCAACCAGCACGCGAGCAAGUUAAUGUAUAUAUAUCUUUAUAUCAUGUGCUUUCAAAGUAUAUUCAAAACAGAACUGUAUAUAACUGUUAGCUGCGAUAGCAAUUGAUGGUUUUCAACCAUUCCCAAGAGAAUUAGAUAACAAAAGACACGGCGGCCAUGUUGGAGGAUAUAACAAAAGAAUUCAUUGACAAUUCUUUUGUUAAAUUCCUCCAACAUGGCCGACAUGAAAACCAGCAAUAGAGCUGUUUACUUUAUAUGCUAGUAAAUUGUUCGAGGUGGUCAAGAGACAUCUGCCUAGUGUGCACGCCUUGCAGACGACACGUAAUUAUAUCUUGCGUUCAAGCCUGACAGUGCCUUGAAUAUUGAUGAAGCCGUCGCUGCUAUGGAGCUCUGUGUGCGGGAAAUCAGAACGUGGAUGCUAAAUGAUAAACUCAAGGUCAAUGAUAGUAAGACCGAGUUUACCAUAAUUGGUACACGCCAGCAGCUGGCUAAGGUUCACGUAGAUUACCUCAAGGUUGGAGAGGCUCGUGUGCAAUCUGUGAGCUCAGUAAAGAAUCUUGGAACUUGGUUUGACCGCAACUUAAGUCUUCAGGAGCAUAUAAAUAAAGCUUGCAAAGCAGCUUACUUUCGUCUUACAAAUGUUAGGCGCAUAAGGAAAUAUUUGAGUAGUGAAGUGACACAAACACUUGUUCAUGCAUUAAUUAUAGGGCGCAUAGAUUAUUGUAAUGGUAUUCUACAUGGACUUCCAGCAAUGAACAUUGCGAAAUUACAAAAAGUCCAAAAUUCAGCAGCUAGGCUUAUAUAUAGUAUACCUAGAUACUCUCAUAUUACACCAGUUUUAAACUUUUUGCAUUGGUUACCGGUUAAAUUUAGGAUAGAUUUUAAAGUUUUCUUAUUUACUUUUAAAGCAAUUUAUGGGCUUGCCCUAAGAUAUAUAUGUGAACUGGACCCACCUUUUUAGACUAGCUUUUAAUUAGAUUUCCUUUUACUUAAUAUUUACAAAUUAGUUUCCCAUUUGUUUUAACGUUUUGGGCACGGUUUGGACGUGGAAUUUCGCGCGUGCCGGGUCUAGUGCAGAUGGGCAAACUAAUGUUUGGUUUGUCUGCAUUGGAUUCGGCGCGUGCGGGAUUCGACGUCUAAACUGGACCUUAGUUAUUAAAUAUUUUAUAUACUCUUUUUGUAGUUUUUUUUUAGAGAUUUUAUAUGCCUAGUAUUUUAGUGUACCUAUAUGUAAUGCGAAGUUGAUCAUAUUAACACGUUAAAUUGUUAGAAAAUUACAAAUCUCUUUAAAAAACGUAAAAUCUAUAAUAUCCAAUCCCAUAUUAAUAUGUGAA